UUGGGCGUGAGAAAUGUAAUUAUUAAGCAUUUCGUUACGGUCAAAUUACAUUUAUAUACUAACGCUGCAUUAUUAUCAGAGUGACUAGAAGCAAGAGACGUGUGUUACGCUCAAAGAAUAACUGUUGUGCAAGAUUUCACUAUGCAUAGGUUACGACAUGUAGGUUGGUCGCUGGUAAUCUACGAACUAACGAAAGGAUAAAAUAUGAUCAUUAUUUAUUUAUGAUACAACUUAUCGUUUUCUACAGUUCUGCUUUAAUCCUCGCGUGAUAUGGAAUCUCCGCCUAUAAUCACGAUGCUUUUAGUGGUAAUUUACAGCUUAAAUUUCCAUAUGUUCAUAUUUAAUAAUAUUACCAUAUUUAUAUCGCAUAACAUUUUACUUUCCAUAAGAGAUAUAUCCAUAAUUAUGCAAUUCGUACGUAUUACAAUGAACGAAAAAAACAUUUUAUCGUAUGGCGCUAAGAACCUGAUCGCUAGAAAGCAGGAACUCUUCAAAUUUAUCAGAUCUUCGGAUAAAGUAACACGAGUGAACAGAGUAAAUAUCAACUCACAAAGAGUAAUAUACUCACUACAUUAUAAGAAGACAUGUCUGAAAGCUCUAAAAUAUGGAGAAUUUGCCAUAAAGUUUCCGAAGAAAAGAUCGAGUGAAACUCUACAUAAUAUACCAUCCAAGAGCCAUCAGCCAAAGCAUCAAUCUUCGAGCACAAAUCGGAUCAUCUUUCAAUUCUUAAAAAUUCGGUAUCCGAGAGUUUUUAGUUGGCUUUCCUGUGCAGUCACGUUAAUAGCGUGUUCGCGAAGCGAUCAGGGUGGGAAGCAAGUGGAUAGAGACGGUAAAGGAAAAUCGGGAGAAAAAGGAGCCGCGAUUGGCAUUCGUGAAAUUGUUUUUGCAUGGUUUUUGCGCGUGGAUAGCAAUGCGCUUUGCGGUAAGUGUCGACGGAACGAGAUACGGAACUCCUAUUGGCUGAGUGCUCCGGGGAACGAUUCGUUUCCCCGUUCGUACCCUCGAGCUCGUGAUAAAUCGCGAUGGCGGCCAAUAACGGCGAAGCUGGUUCUUACGUUCCCUUUGCCGGAGGAUCGUUCGUUCUUCGGAGACCGCGAGCCAGCCAAGGAUUCUGGAUUUCGAACAAGAUCUUAUUGUACGACGCGAAACGAUCUCGUGGCAAACAAUGCGCCACAUUCUAAUUCUACUUCGUGAAGGGAGAAGAAUAAUAGUCGCGAUAAACUGAUGCAUAUUUGACUCCUUUGUAAUCACUGACAGAGAAUGGUGUUUUUGAAGUAGAUAAGGUUGCAAUAUAGAUAAAGCACUGGGCAUAUUUGUCGAAGGUCGCACCAAAUGAUAGAAGAAAUACGUAUUCCUUGGAGGAAGAGAGGAAUAUUUGGAGGUAGAAUUAUAUUUUCGGAAUUGAAAACAAUGGAAUUUGCAUCAAUCGUGAAUAUUUACUACGCAACGAUUGAACAUAAAUUUUAAACAAACUACGAUUGGCAUUGUAGAAUGAGGAUACAGCAGCGAUAGGGAACGAAUGGGCGUCGACAUUUCGAAUGCAUCUAGGAUGAACGCGUAUACUGGUGACACGGACUAAGGCGAGCGACAGCAAUUCGGAGGAAACAGCUAUUAGUCAAUCAAAGCGCGGCACGACACGUAGACGUAAUGCGCGACGGCCGGUAGGAGUAGGAGAAGAGGCGGAGAGCAACGGAGACGAGAGCCAGGAAGCGCGUUAAUGGUUCUCAUUCUCUUGCGAAAUGCAACGAGCAUUCACAGCCACCUCGACGCCCGUCGAUGGCGCCUCACCUGCAUAUCAAUGCACCUUCCCGGGCUGUUCAUUUGCAUGCUCGACCUCCCUCUCUCUCUUUCUCUCCGGUCGAACGAAGACGAUGUCUGCCACCUUCCGUGAUAGUCGACAUACUUCUUGCUGGAUACGUUCGAGGGAGCAGACACUCUCUUUCGAAGGAUUUCCUAACGACAAAGCCGACGAUCCAUUCGUUGUCCUUCGUAGUAGCGCGAUAGACGACCAACGAAUGGAAGAAGAGGAAACACGCUGGUUUAACAUUGAAUUUAAAUGGCCGCCGAAAGAGAGGAAGCACGUGUGUACACAGACGACGGAAAUCCGGAAAACAGUUGCGACUAGAACGACCACGCCCGUUCGUCGUCGACUCGAAUUGGCUACGCCGAGCCGAGGAAAUUAAUUAGAUGGAAUUUCGCCAGGAAAAGCCUGUUUGCUAUCGCUUUGGCUCCGGGAGGAGAACGGACCGGAAGAGCUACACACCAUUGGCCGUCGAAGACCCAAACACUGUGAUUUCCAAGAUUAUAGUUCGUUGUUUAAAGCCAUUUUCUGAUCGAUAUCUUGAGACGAUAUUACAUUUCAGUGGUUUGUAGUAGGAAGGAUAUAAUCGAGCAAUUAAAAUAGCUCUCCAAGGUAGUAAUUACUUGUACAGUUCUGUCUCAACGACAAAUUCUUAAGCAUCUGUCCUUCCCAAACAUCUCUUCGUUUUACUUAAUAAAAUUAACGGUUCGACAUUUCCAAUUCUAUAGCUCGUAAU